GGCUGCUCGACGAAUGCAUACUGCGCGCAGGUAUGGACUCACAUCGUUGAUGUGCCGCACACAGAGGAUCCUGUGAUUGAUUCCGAUGACCGUUGAACAUGGGGCCCAUCGUGUACUAUGACAGCUCGGACGACGACGACACCGUAUUCCAGAGAAACGAAUACGUGUCGAAACGGAAAGUAGAUGGCGACGACACCGACAGCGAAACGCCCCUGACUGGGCGAAAUCAAGCUACGUCACUGCGACGGAAAAUAAGAGAGAAGCUGUGGUUGGUUCCCGUUGUGUACACUCACUUCUGGAUUUCUGCUGUUGGCAUACUCGUCGUUCCAUACUUUCCGCCACUGGCGCACUCCCGAGGUAUCGAACCCUGGAAGUUUGGGUUCGUCUACUCUGCGCUGAAAGUGGGAAUUCUCGCAGGAUCUGUGCUUUCCGAGAGAGUUUCGUACAUCCUUUCGCCAAGAGCUGGUUACCUAAGUGGACAGAUCGGUUAUAUCGCUGCCAACCUUCUCUUUGGAGUGCUAUACUGGAUCACAGACGCAAGUACCCUGCUUGGACUUUCCAUGGUAUUUGCGCUGGCCAUAAACGCAACAGGGGCUCUGUACUGUGCCAAUAUAUACGCCAUAUUAAUGACCAUUUUCAGACACAGAGCUGGGCUAUUUAUUGCGGCAAUGGAAUGUCUCUAUGGCUUUGGAUAUCUGGCAGGGUCCUGGCUUGGCGGAGCACUGAUAGACGCAUGGGCCUUUCCUUUGCCGUUCUUCGUCAUGUCGGCAUUCGUAGCUUCUUCGUUGCCCUUCAUGGCUGCUAUAAAACCACAGUGGAGAAGAGAGAAAGACAUUGAAGCGGAGGAAGAUAAAAAGAGCCUAGCGAAAUAUUGCAAGCUGUUUCUCAACCCUAUCUUCGCGGUCGACAUGAUAACUGCAGCUAUCCCGUUGGCACUGACAGCAUUCGACGAAGUCACGCUGGAGCCAUAUCUCAGACAGUUUCACUUGAGCAGUACAAGGGAAGGAUCCGUCUUUACCGUACAAGCUCUGGGCUAUUGCAUUGGGGCCAUCAUCGCAGGAAUCUUCUGCUUGUUCAAGCUAGAAGCAUGCUUCAUCUUCUUUGGAACUAGUAUGUGCACAAUCGGCUAUCUUAUCAUCGGUCCAGCCCCGUUCAUACCAUCAAGACCUGAUCUCCACCUGAUUUACAUGUCUGAGGUCUUGAUCGGGCUGGGCACAGCGUCACAGUUCAUCUGCGGUUACAUGCAUGCAUUGCGGACAGCCAUUCGCAUAGGGUACCCUGACAACAUUCGCACCAGUUCUGUUGUCUCCAGCAUCUUGUUUGCCAGCUUGUUUCUUGGGUCCGUUGGUACAUCUCCACUGUCAGGGUACCUCGUCGGUGCAUUCGGAUACAGGAAAUCGUCCAUGGCUGUAUCUGGAAUCUUGCUUGUUUGGGUGGUAGUGACGUGUGGACUUUGGGUUUCGGAGUGCAUGCAGACUGCUAAGAAAGAAGAACGGACGAAGUCAGACACAGAAGAACGCGCGACACUUGUGGACAUAAGAAAAAUUGAGAAUUUUCGAUGAUAUGUAUUUUAAAUUUAUACAUUUUUAU